AUGCAGUUGAUUCUCCUAGCUACCCUUGCGGCUUCUGCCCUUGCCUCUCCCAUUGUCGAAAGAGGACCAGCCCACAAUGGAGUCGCCACUUUCUUCUAUCAAAACGGCAACGCAGGCUCCUGCGGCGAGUACCACAAAGACAGCGAUUACAUCGUAGCCAUCAGCGACAAGUCUCCAUUCACUUACAAUGCACACUGCGGUCAAACCGUCACCAUCAAGAACACUGGCGGCGGUGACAACAACUAUGGCGUUGGGAAGACUAUCUCCGCCAAAGUCGUAGACACAUGCCCAACUUGCAACAAGGACCAUCUCGAUUUGUCGACGGGCGCUUUCAAGGCUUUGACUGGUGGUCAGCUUGAUCCUCCAGGACAGUUCAACAUCCAGUGGCACCUUAACUAG